AUGGAAGCUCUGACAAGGCUAGAACUUACCCAGCUCUGCCUCUCUUUGUUUCCCCUGCUUCUCACAGAGCACUUUAUCAAGACAUUGCAAGAAUACCACGUGGUGGAACCAUCAAGAGUAGAUGCGAGCGGGCGUUUUCUCUCUUUUAACUUGCAUCAUGACAUCUCAAACACAAGGAAGAGGAGAGACCUCAGCAAAAAGGAAAAUGUGGUGUAUUAUAAAAUCAACCAUGAGGAGAAGGACCUGUUUUUUAACUUGACUGUCCACACGGGAUUUCUUUCCCAUAACUACGUUGUAGAGAGGAGACGUGGCGACUACGCUAGCGCGAAGAUCGCAUCUGGCUCGCGAGCUCCUUGCCACUUCAUUGGCACAGCGUGGCAGGCAGGCCUGGGGAGCGGCACGGCCGCAAUCAGCACUUGCAACGGCCUGACUGGAUAUUUCCAUCUACCCCAUGGGGAUUACUUCAUUGAACCCAUUAAAAAGCAUCUGCAGAAAGAGGGAACACCCCAUCCCCAUAUUAUCUAUGGGGCAAAUAUCCUUCAAAGUACCUUAAGGAGAAGACGGGCAGUUCCUAUGGAGAAAGAACAAGCAUGUGGAUUGAAUGAUACCAUCAGCUUUUUCCAAAACCAAGAGCAUCAGAGGGAAAGAUGGGAACGAAAUCACGCAGCUGUCCGGAAAGUUUCUCGGCGCUCUGUCAGCAAGGAGCGAUGGGUGGAGACCCUUGUGGUUGCUGACAGCAAGAUGGUUGAAUAUCAUGGAAGUGACCAUGUGGAAUCGUAUAUCCUCACUAUCAUGAACAUGGUCACGGGACUGUUCCAUGAUCCGAGUAUUGGCAAUGCCAUUCACGUUGUGCUCGUACGGCUCAUCCUCUUUGAGGAGGAGGAGCAAGGCUUGAAGAUAGUUCACCAUGCUGAUAAAACAUUAGCCAGCUUCUGCAAAUGGCAAAAGAGCGUCAACCCCAAGAGCGACGUCAACCCUGUGCACCAUGAUGUGGCUGUCCUCCUAACCAGAAAGGAUAUUUGUGCCAGCAUGAACCGUCCGUGUGAAACCUUAGGUUUGUCUCAUCUCUCGGGCAUGUGUCAGCCUCACAGAAGCUGCAACAUCAAUGAAGAUUCGGGGCUUCCGCUGGCAUUCACUAUUGCCCAUGAACUUGGACACAGCUUUGGUAUCCAACACGAUGGAAAAGAGAAUGAUUGUGAGCCUGUUGGAAAGCGUCCGUAUAUUAUGUCCCGGCAAUUGCAGUAUGAUCCCACUCCCCUCACCUGGUCUCAGUGCAGCAAGGAAUACAUCACACGCUUCUUGGACCGAGGAUGGGGAUUCUGUUUGGAUGAUAUACCCCAAAAAAAAGUUCUGAAGUCCCCAGUCAUUGCUCCUGGAGUGAUUUAUGAUGUACAUCACCAGUGCCAGCUUCAGUAUGGUUCCAACGCUACCUUCUGUGAAGAUGUGGAUAAUCUUUGCCAAACACUCUGGUGCUCAGUGAAAGGCUCCUGCCGCUCCAAACUGGAUGCUGCUGCAGAUGGCACUCGAUGUGGAGAAAACAAGUGGUGCCUCUCUGGUGAGUGCAUUACAGUGGGCAAGACUCCAGAAGCAGUCCAUGGUGGAUGGGGUGUUUGGUCAUCCUGGUCCCAUUGCACAAGGACAUGUGGGGCAGGAAUUCAGAGUGCAGAGAGACCAUGCAAUAAUCCAGAACCUCAGUUUGGAGGAGACUACUGCACUGGAGAGAGGAAGCGCUAUCGUGUGUGCAACAUCAGCCCCUGUCACAAGAACAUGCCGACUUUUCGUCAGAUGCAAUGCAGUGAGUUUGAUACGGUUCCCUACCAGAACGAAUUCUACCACUGGGUUCCAGUCUAUAACACAGCUAACCCCUGCGAGCUCCACUGUCGCCCAGUAGAUGGUCAUUUUUCAGAGAAGAUGCUUGAUGCCGUCACCGACGGUACUCCUUGCUUUGAAGGAAGACACAGCCGAGAUAUCUGUAUUAAUGGCAUGUGUAAGACUGUGGGCUGUGACUAUGAGAUAAAUUCCAACGCAACGGAAGACCAGUGUGGAGUUUGCCUGGGAGAUGGCUCUGCUUGUCAUACAGUGAAGAUGAUGUUUAAUCAAAGUGAAGGAUUUGGAUACGUUGAUAUUGGGCUAAUUCCAAAAGGUGCAAGGGGCAUCAAAGUCACAGAAGUGGCAGAGGCUGGAAACUUCCUCGCUGUGCGAGGUGAAGACCCAGAGAAAUACUACCUGAAUGGAGGCUUCAUCAUCCAGUGGAACGGCGAAUACAAAGUGGCAGGAACGAUAUUUCAGUAUGACAGAGCAGGCGAUCUGGAAAACCUGACUGCUGUGGGACCCACCAACGAAUCAGUGUGGAUACAGCUGCUUUUUCAAGAGACUAACCCUGGGAUCAUGUAUGAAUACACUGUGCGUAAAGAGGAAAGCCAUGAGAAUGAGAUUGGAGAGCCUGAGUAUUUUUGGCAGUACGGAGACUGGACAGCCUGCAGUGUUACAUGUGGCAAAGGGGUGCAGCGCCAGGUUGCCCACUGCAUGCGGAAGGGAAGCGGAGCAAUCAAAAACUCUUUCUGUGACCCAGCGACCCAGCCGAACGGACGGCAGAAGAAAUGCUACGAGAAGGACUGUCCGCCCAGGUGGUGGGCAGGAGAAUGGCAGAAAUGUUCCACCACGUGUGGCCCAACGGGACAGAAGAAGCGAGCUGUGCUUUGCAUCCAGACAGUGGGAUCUGAUGAGCAGGCGCUGGCAGUCACUGAGUGCCAGCACCUGCUUAAGCCAAAGACCCAUCUUUCAUGCAACAGGGAUGUCCUGUGCCCUUCUGACUGGACCGUGAGCAACUGGACAGAGUGCACAGUUACUUGUGGUGGUGGAAUAAGGACUCGUAAUGUCACUUGUGCCAAAAAUAAUAAUGAGCCAUGUGAUAUCUCCAAGAAACCAAACUCUAAGGCCCUAUGUGGUCUCCAACAAUGUUCGGCUGCUGGAAGAUUUCUCAUGCCUCCACUGGGACCUAGAAGAGGAAAGAUCCUAAUCAGAAAAACAGCUAUUAAUCCCAAACGGGGUUCUCCUGGCAGAAUACUUACACCCAUGCCAAGUCCAAGGGUCCACACAACAACAGAAACACCCAAGUCUGAAAGCAUAACUGCUUCUUUGCCUAAAUUGUCUACRUUGGGUAGCAUUUCAGAAAAAGAAGGAACAAUCAACAAAACAUUACAAAAUAAUUCUUCUGGAUCAAGUAAUGUUUACAAUUACUCUGGUGCUUUUACUGAAACUAGUUCACACCAAAAUACUACUUCAUGGCCUUUUCGUAAUAGCUCUASUACUGAAAAUAUAAGGCAUGCUGAAAAUGUUACUGAGGGUGAGACAGGUUUUACRGUCAAGAGUGAAGUACCAAGGGGUGAGGACAUUCGCGUCUCCUCAUUUACCAAAGGUCCAGAAAUAACUCCUAGCUAUGAUUACUUGACUGAAGAAUCUGAUGACUUUGAUGUGACAGCAGGAAGCAGUGAGAAACCAACUGAGCUCAUUCACAGCACAGAAUUCGAUCCGGAAAUCAGAACCCAGAGCACAACUCUAGAUACCAGAUCUUGUGUCCUCCAGCACAACAACAUAACUCCUACACUCUCCCCAGCCUCUCUUCACCAUGAGUCUUCUACACUCCUUCCUGACAGUGGAGCACCACAAGGACUGGCAUUUUCAACAACAGCAGACCCCAACAGUCUGCAAGUUGAUGUGCCCGUUGUGGAUGUUACCACCCACGAAGCAACCCUUACAGCGAUGCCCACAACGUUUGCUCAUCUGCUGAGAGACCAGACUGACAACAGAACAGAAAUAAAGUUACGUGACGUUGCAACCAACAGCACGUCGUUGCCACCUCUUGAGCGUGCUCCCAGGAACCAAAGUGGAGCAUCUAAGCAGGUUCUGCCAAGUGUCACAGGAAACAGCCACCUAAUAAUAUCCAACAAUUUGCGUGCUGAGGCCUACUGGAUAGUAGGGAACUGGAGUGAGUGCUCGACCACCUGUGGCCUGGGGACGUUCUGGAGACGCGUGGAGUGUAACAGUAGGGAUGCAUCUGACUGCCAGCGCACCAAAAAGCCUGAUCCUGUGAGAAGAUGUUAUCUCCGCCCUUGUGCAAGCUGGAAAACAGGAAAUUGGAGCAAGUGCUCUGCUAGCUGCAACGGCGGCUUCAAGAUCCGAGAUGUUCAGUGUGUGGAUGUUCGUGAGAAGCGACUUCUCAGGCCUUUUCAUUGCCAGUUACUUGGAUAUAAGCCACAGCUCAGCACUAGCUGUAACAUGGAGCCUUGCUUCCAGUGGCAAGUGGAGCCCUGGGAUGAGUGUUCGAGGACRUGUGGUGGUGGCCAGCAAAAGCGACGUGUCUAUUGCCCAGAAGAAGGCUACUGCGACUGGAUGGAAAGGCCUAAUGCCACUGCACUGUGCAACAUGCARCCUUGUACACAGUGGAUUAACCAGACCUGGGGCUCGUGCUCUGUCUCUUGUGGAGGAGGCGUUCAGCAAAGAACAGUGAAGUGCCUCAAUACAGACAGCAAUGAGACUGAAGACCACCGUCUGUGUGCRGAUAAGCCCAAGCCAACGGAGCAUCAGAAAUGCAAUCUGCAAGAGUGUGAGGAAAGCUCAGGCCUUUCCUGCAGCAAGGAUCAGCUGUCAGCUCAAUUCUGCCAGAGGCUGAGAGGCAUCGGCAAGUGCUCGGUGCCCUCAAUACACACUCGGUGCUGCUUCACGUGUAGCCAUCCCCGAGUUCGGAACAAAGCAAGAUAUUGGAAUCAGCGAGGCCUCAAGCAACAAAAUUACCCUAAAUCUAGAAGAAAAUCGUCUCAAAGCCAAGAAACUAACAAUCAACCUGCUCAACAUUAGCUGUUUUUUAUAUAGUUAAUUUAAACAGGGCUUCUGUUUACAGGUUUCAUGCUUCUUUCUCUUUUGAACCUCCCAGUGUAAAUGGAAUUUGGGGGUCCAGACACAUCCCUUAGGCUUAUCAGUCAUAAUUCAAUACAAAUUUUUCCUUUAAUGGUCCAAAAUUUGUAACGAAACUUGAAAUGUGUCAGCAGUUAGUACUUCUUAGGUAUGCAUAGAGGCUAGAGAGAAGCGUACAAGAAUUUGGGGUUCUUUUUUCUUAAUGAAUGUUUAAUUUGUAUUUUCUCUUUUUUCUGAACCCUCCUUGAAAUGGCAGCACCGAGUACUCAAGAGCAGUCAGUGAGGGCAGCUGGCCGGGCAGGCCCAGGACUGCCCUGGGUGGUCUCUGCUCUGGUCCAGGCACCUCUGUGGUUGCUCACUUCUUUUUUUAUUAUUAUUAUUUUAAUAUUUUUUACUUUUUUUUUAAAGGAAUCAAAGCAAAGUGGCAGUGUUUCUCUAAACUAUGUGCUUGCUUCCAUCCUCAUCUAAAUUUACAAGAGGAAUUUUAUAGCUGAUUAUGAUAUUUAGGCCAAAUCUAAACACCGUGUUUCUUAAAAGGAAAGUUGUUCACUUAAUACUUGACUGAACCUUGAAAGGAUACCUCAGAGAUAUCCAGUCCUGGCCAGUCUUCUCCUGCUGUAAAUGWCUUGUUCCAACUUAAAAGCCCUGCCAAAUCUGGAAUGGUAAAUUCCAGAUAGAUUUUAAGUGGUCAUGGAGCAGCAUUUCAUGGUACUGUAAAAGCAAAGCUAUUUACAUCUACUCUGUUACCCAGGUAGUAAUUGUAAUUCACAGAUGGAGCAGUUGUAUCUACUCCAGAACCUACUAGGAGAGAUGCAAAUCUGGGAGAGACAUUUGGGACCUGGAGUAUCUGCCUAGCUGUGGUCCUCAAUCAUUAGGAGAAUAUGAGCCAGACCAUAGAUAUGUUUUGCUAUUGACGAAAAUGGCAGAACCUUUAGGGAGACCAGACUGGACCCUUGGAAUUGUAGCUGGGCAUUUCAGAAGAGCUGGACCAAGUCUGACGUUCAGAUUCCACUGAAACCCGACAGAGUUGGAUGUGUUGGUCCUUUGGGCUCUUGGAAAAGCUCAGGUUUACUCCCUAGCUACCAGACAAUUUGAGGUUGUAAUACAGAGGAGUGACACGUUUUAUGCAAUUUAGAGUGAGACACAUAGCCGUAAGUAAAAGUGUCACUAUGGAUACAGAGCUAAGACUGGCAAUAAUAAUUUUUCUAGACAGACUUUUAUGAAAGUUAAUAGAAAUGUUUGGACCUAGCUAUAAUGUGUUAAUCUAAUGAAGGCCACAAAGUCUAACUGUCCUUUUUCAUAGACAGGUUUGAGACCUUUGGCUAAGCGUUUACUUCACUUCACUUGAGGUAUCUGUGAGGUCAGGAUAUGCAGCAUGGUAAGGUUAGACUUGUUAACCUCUGUGAUGGCAAUGUAACCUCAGUUAUAGGUGCUGAUAAAAUUUAAAAUCCACUGUUAAAAAUAUGGUGCUAUUAGAUGUUGAGGGUGGCUUACAAUGGUGCAUGUGCAUGCAUGUGUAUGUACAUAACCUGUAUGCACAUACAACAUAAUACAUAUCUAUGGUGUUGCUGGCCAACGCCGGAAAAAAAUACUGCUUUUUAAGUACUGCAUUCUGCUCACAUCCUUCUGAAGUCUGCUGAGCAACAGAAARCAGGUCAGUUCUUAUUCCAUGGGCCUCAGCAAUAUGAAAUACUGUUUUGGGACAGAGGCAUCCCAUUUCUGAUUCAGAAAGUAUCUGGUGGGGCUUUGGUCUCAGGCUCCAAUGUAUGUAGCAGAGCCCAUACAGCUAAGUUUGAAGCGAGGCUCUGAUGGCCAAAUGAUSUAAGUUGGUGGACAGUGCAAAUACAGCUGCUGUUUCCAGAGAUCUCUCUUAGGAUUUGGGCAGGAUGAUGUUAGAUUGACUUUAUAGAGAGCAUCUGUGCUCAGAGGUACCUGCAGCAUUGAUCCACAGCGAACAGUAGAAUUGGGCCACCAGGCAUGUAGACUAAUGA